AUGGUAGGUAGUGAUCACGAAAAAGCUGAUCUGGUGGCGAUUUAUGUCGAAACACCUCAAGCUGUUGACUGCAUCGUCGAUAAACACAUAGGUAAAAUGGCCGUCGGUGUAAGCCUGGUAGGCAAAAUGAAAACCGACCUCGAGCGCCAUUGCAUACAGAUGUGCUGGAAACUGCGCUCGCUGGGAUGUUACUCGAUCAACUAUCACCCACGGUCGUCGUCUUGCAGUUUUCUAAAAUUUUACACCCCAAAUCCUGCCGUAAAUGAACAUAUUGAAAUGCACCCCGGAUACUUCUUUAUCGCGGUUUUAAACUGCUCUGGAGCCCCUGUGGUCACAACAACGACGCCGGUCAUUCCUCCACCAUAUUCGCCCGUUAAUCCCCUAAAUCCUGCGUGUGGAAUUCCUAAAGUUCAACCGCACAUGAAAAACAAUGACAUUUUAAAAGGCAAGUUCCGCAUUGUAAAUGGAACUGAAGCCAUACCACACUCUUUGCCGUGGCAGGUAGCUGUAAAGCGCACAGGAAGCUAUAUCUGCACCGGUGUGCUGGUCGACGCGGUGACGGUAAUUACGGCAGCGCACUGCGUUUCGAUAGACAUCGGUGAGAAAAAGCACGUGAUCCCAAUUGAUGCGAAGGAGUUUAGCGUUGAGUUGGGUGUUCAUAGUUUUAAAACAAACGCAGGAGUGCAACGAAGAGGACUUAAAGCCUUAAGAGUGUACGAAGAAUUUGAUUUUGAAGAAUCAGUUGGCGAUAUGGCGAUACUUCAUCUGAGCAGUCCAAUCAUCUUUACGAACGACGUGAUGCCCGUAUGCCUUCCAAAAGACAAGCAAGACGUUUUUGUAGGUGAGAAAUGCAUUGUCGCUGGAUGGGGACUGGAUUCAGAAUACGGAAAAAAGUCAGACGUACUGAUGCAGUUGGUCGUGCCCGUACUUGACCCUAAACUGUGUACGAGCAAGGACAGCUAUGGCAAAGAAGUAAAGCCUGAAUAUAUGAUUUGUGCCGGCUACAUGGAAGGUUACCGGGAUUCAUGCCAGGGUGAUUCCGGAGGACCGUUGCUUUGCCGUAAGGACGAACGCUGGUUUACGCAAGGUGUGGUUAGUUUCGGAAGUGGCUGCGCGCGAAAGAACAAGCCUGGCGUAUACACGAGAUUAGCGCGGUUUAGGCCGUGGAUUUUAAAGACAAUGGCUGAUCUAGCCAAAAUACCAUGA